AUGCCAUCCCCCAACGACGCAGCUCGCGAGGGCGACCGUCUCCUCAACCCCGAGUCCGAGUCCGAGUCUCUAACCAGAGACAACGAUUCAACAACGUACCCUCCCUCAUCACAGGUCUCAGCCCAGCGGAGUCCCAGCAAGUGGACAACAAUUCUUCCCCCCGGAAGCCUCCUGCUCCGGAUCACGGCGUCCAUGUUCUCCUUCGUAGUCCUCGGAACGAUGGUAUCGACCCUCGGGGUCAUGGUGCCCCAGUUCGAAGACUACUACGAGCUGACCGACCUCGGCGUCUCCUUCGUCUUCCUGGUGUGGCCCGUCGGGUACGUAGCCGCCGCGUAUCUCAACAGCGCCGUGCACCUCCGCUUCGGGCAGCGGGGGAUCGCGGCCCUCGGCCCCCUAUUCCAUGUUAUUUUCACCGCAGCCGCAGCAUUCCACCCGUCGUUCCCGGUCUUGCUCGUCGCGUUGGCGGUUGGGUCGCUCGGCACGGGGAUUCUGGAUGGCUCGUUUUGCGCCUGGGCCGGAGGCAUGGAGAACGCCAAUGUCGUCCAGGGGUUCCUGCACGGCUCGUUUUCCGCAGGCGCGGCUAUGGGCCCGUUUCUCGCCGGCACCAUGCUGUCCGUCGGGGAUCUGCCGUGGUAUACAUGGUACUACGUUCUUCUAGGCGCCUCUAUCCUUGAGGCCAUAAUACUCCUCCUCGCCUUCCGGUUCGAGGACUCGAACAAGUACCGCAACGACCACCAACAGGACCGUCUCCUCGAGACGCAAGGAGAAACUCUUCCUGACGCUAAAAUCGCCAUCUUCAAGCACAGUGUUACAUGGAUCUGCGCCGCCUACUUUCUAGCCUACGUCGGCACCGAGAACGCGAUCUCCGGCUGGAUCGUAGUUUUCAUGCAACGAGUUAACCAUGCAUCCGACUACUUAGCUAGUCUCUCGUCGUCCGGCUUUUGGAUCGGCCAGGCGGCCGGGCGUCUCGUACUUGGAGUUGUAACCGACAGGAUCGGCGUAAGGACCGCGACGACCAUCUACCUGAUCGCCGCUCUUGCAUUCGAGCUCCUCUUCGCCGCUAUCCACGUCCCCGCGGUCUCGAUUGUUACGAUAACGUUGCUUGGAUUCUGCCUAGGCCCAUUAUUCCCAGCCGGUAUCGUCAUGAUGACUCGUUUACUACCGCGGGAGUUGCAUGUAGGAGCUAUCUCGUUCGUAGUGUUGCUUGGCCAAAUUGGAGGCGCGUUGCUGCCUUUUGCUCUCGGGGCUCUAGCCGACACGCUCGGGAUCCGAGUCUUCCAAGUAGUGGUUUUCGCCCAAUUAGUCGCCACACUUCUAAUUUGGUUCGCAUUUCCAACAUUGCCACGGAAUACACUACGUAGGGAACGAUUGGAAUAG